GGGCCAGCGCCGAGCAGCCGGGGCGGAGCCACAGGGCCAGGCUGGCCGCCCAGGAGAGUGUGACUCCGUGGGCCAGGGGUGGAGGGGGGGGGGACAGCACUGCAGCUGGCUGGGACUCGGGGCUGGUUUCCUGUCUGGAAGGGAAGGGGCCCGCAGAGGGGAGCGGGGGCAGCAGCAGACAGGCACACCCCUGCUUUUCUCCCUUUCUUUCCUCCCUUCUGCUGGAAAAGCGAGCUGGGUGAACAGCUGCCACCAAAGCAAGACUGGACACUCUGUGCCCAGAGCCCACUCUGCAGCUGGCUUCCACUCCCAGGACCCUGCUAAUCCUCACCUCACUUUCCUUUCCUCCCCUUCCUGGCUCCCACCAGGGUUUUGAAACAGGAGUAGGUGAGGAAAAUUUGUCACUGCAGCCAGAGGGGGUCUAACAGUGCAGAAGGACAGGGGAAGCUUCUGCCCUCUGUCCAAGAGCUGGCCACCUUUCUCAAGACCAGGGAGCAGUGGGAGGACUGUGGGACUGGUGCCUACCUGCCCCACCCCCCACCGAGGGGCUGACAAGGGAAAGGCUCAGGGGGGCACAGAGAUGCAGGACAGAUUGCACAUCCUGGAGGACCUGAAUAUGCUCUACAUUCGGCAGAUGGCACUCAGCCUGGAGGACACAGAGUUGCAGAGGAAGCUAGACCAUGAGAUCCGGAUGAGGGAAGGGGCCUGCAAGCUACUGGCAGCCUGCUCCCAGCGAGAGCAGGCUCUGGAGGCCACCAAGAGCCUGCUGGUGUGUAACAGCCGCAUCCUCAGCUACAUGGGAGAACUGCAGCGGCGAAAGGAGGCCCAGGUGCUGGGGAAGACUGGCAGGCGGCCUUCUGACACCGGGCCACCCAGUGAGCGCUCCCCCUGCCGUGGCAGGGUCUGCAUCUCUGACCUCCGGAUCCCACUCAUGUGGAAGGACACAGAAUAUUUCAAGAACAAGGGUGAUCUGCACCGCUGGGCUGUGUUCCUGCUGUUGCAGCUAGGGGAAGAAAUUCAGGACACAGAGAUGAUCCUGGUGGAUAGAACCCUCACGGACAUCUCCUUUCAGAACAAUGUACUCUUCACUGAGGCAGGGCCAGACUUUGAACUUCGGCUAGAGCUGUAUGGAGCCUGUCUGGAAGAAGAAGGGGCCCUGGCUGGUGCCCCCAAGAGACUUGCUACCAAACUUAGCAGCUCUCUGGGCCGUUCCUCAGGGAGGCGUAUCCGGGCAUCGAUGGACAGUGCUGGGGGCUCCGGAAGCAGUCCCAUCUUGCUCCCCACCCCAGCUGUGGGGGGUCCUCGUUACCACCUCUUGGCUCACACCACGCUCACCUUGGCAGCAGUGCAAGAUGGGUUCCGCACACACGAUCUCACCCUUGCCAGUCACGAAGAGAACCCUGCUUGGCUGCCCCUUUAUGGUAGCGUGUGUUGCCGCCUGGCAGCUCAGCCUCUCUGCAUGACUCAGCCCACUGCAAGUGGUACCCUCAGGGUGCAGCAAGCAGGGGAGCUACGGAAUGGGACACAAGUGCAUGGUAUCCUGAAAGGCACAAACCUCUUCUGUUACCGGCGACCUGAAGACGCAGACACUGGGGAAGAGCCACUAUUUACUAUUGUGAUCAACAAGGAUACUCGAGUCAGGGCAGGAGAGCUGGACCAGGCCCCAGGACGGCCCUUCACCCUCAGCAUCAGCAACCAGUAUGGGGAUGACGAGGUGACGCACACCCUUCAGACUGAGAGCCGGGAAGCCUUGCAGAGUUGGAAGGAGGCUCUGUGGCAGCUAUUCUUUGACAUGAGCCAGUGGAAGCAGUGCUGUGAUGAAAUCAUGAAAAUUGAAACUCCUGCUCCCCGCAAGCCACCCCAAGCACUGGCCAAGCAGGGGUCCUUAUACCAUGAAAUGGCUAUUGAGCCGAUAGAUGACAUCGCAGCAGUGACAGACAUCCUGGCCCAGCGGGAGGGCACAAGGCUGGAGACACCCCCACCCUGGCUAGCAAUGUUUACAGACCAGCCUGCCCUGCAUAGCCCCUGCUCACCUGCUUCAGUGUCCCCAGCUUGGACACACCCCCUUCCCUGGGGGCGACCCCGAACCUUUUCCCUGGAUGCUGUUCCCCCAGACCAUUCCCCUGGGGCUUCUCGCUUGGUUGCCCCGCUCCCGCCACAGCGAUCCCCACGAUCUAGAGGCCUCUGCAGCAAAGGCCCACUCCGUACUUGGCUCCAGUCACCAGUGUGAGAGAAAGGUGCUGGCAACAGGACCUGGCCAGAAUAAAGAAAGACCCACAUGCAGUUGGGCUCUGAGGACAGCACUGUGUGUAGCAAGUUGGCCAGCAUGGCCUCCUCUUCCUCUACUGGAUUGGGGGUAGGCGGGGGAGGGGGAACAGAAGCCCCUCUUAGGUGUGGUUGUCAUGGUACUAAGGGGUUCGCUCCCAGCCCUGGCUGGGACCCCCUAAACCCUUCCUGGGAGAAAACUGGAACACCUUGCCCUACCUCCCUGCACUAAUCAGCUUUGAGGAUGGCCCUGAAGAGCCCUGGGAGGAAUGCACUUCCACUGUCACUUCUACAUCAACCAUUAAAAUUAUUUAACAGCAGUC